AUGGCCACCACCCUCCCCACCGAACUCAUCCAAUCCAUUCUCCUCCAAACCGACCCCGAAACGUACCUCUCCGCGCACCAAACCUGCCGAUCCUGGCACCACGCCUCCUCCACCCCUUACAUGAUCCAGCGCAUCCUGGCACAGAUCCCGGGGUCUCUCGUCCCCCCAACAGACCACCUGACGCCCGAACAAUGGAGCGCGUAUUUCGCGCAGACCGCCCGUCUCAACCUCCUCCGCCGCCGCCACCACGUCGUAAAGUCCGUCGCGCCGCGGCUCCUGCCGCCCAACUGCACGGGGACCACGGUUCGCGGCGCCUCCGGUGACGGCCAGACGGUGGUUGUGCUGAGGGGCGCGCAGGUCCUCGUAUAUCGGGCUGCAGACACGUCAGCGUCAGUGUCAGUGUCAGCUCCAGCUUCAGCUCCAGAGGCAGAUGCAGAGCCACAGCUAGAAGGGGAAGUCGAGCUGGGCCCCGAACCAGCCGAGACCUUCUCGCUCGCGUCCUCGCUGUACCCGCACUGGACGUCCGUCUGCCGUGCGCUGAUGGACCGCUCCAACGCGGGCUGUGCCGUGAACCAGCGGACCUCGAAGCACCGGGUGGCCGUGUCGUCGGGGGGAGAGUUUGUCGCCGUUGCGCUGGGCCGCGUCAUUCAGGUGUACGAGCUACACUCCUCUCGCUCUCCACGCACUCGCGCCUACCAGGCAGACAGCGCCGCAGCCAGCAGCGCAGACAGAGCACCGCCCGCCGAACACGUCCUGGGCCAACGCACCUCGCACGGGGCGUUCGCGCGCGCGCCCACAGACGCAGACGGAUAUGAGGAUACCGACGGGGUGGUGGAGGGGCUGGAGUUCGUGGAGAACGAUACCCUGCUGCGCGUGGCGAUCGGGAAGGAAUCGACGGUUCAUCGGCCGACGAGGGUGCGGUAUCUAGGGUGUCCGGAUAUCGUGCUGGGGGGUCGGGGUCUCGAUCUGAGCUACUGGCGACGGGCGCUUAACACGGUGUAUUUGGAUUCCGCGGCGCUGGGAGUCUCCCUGGCCAGGGAUGGGGAUGCGAGGUGUCAGUUCCGUGGGUUGAGGUUGUUGGAUGAGAAGAUGGGUUUGCAAUCAGAGCCUACACAUGCAAAGCCAGGAGCAGACGCAGAGCCCUCCCCCGGAACUGAAAGUGAAAGAGAGAUCCAAUCUCGAUACUUCCUCGCCUCCCUGCAAACCAACGACAUCGACACCUACUGCCUCGGCCUCGCCACAUCCUCCUCCUCACCCUCUACCUCCUCUUCGUCCAUAUCCGUGACCAUCACCCGCCUCCUCCCAUCCAUCUACUCCCGCCCAGCCAACCUCAUACCCACCACGCCCCAAACCAAAGACUACCCAUGCCUAUACCCAUACCCUCACGAGUCAGACCCCUCCCUCACCGACUCCCUAUCCCACCCUCAAUCCUUACCCCAGACCCAGAAUGGAACCAACCCCAACCCCAACCACAAACCAACAACCAGCUAUACCUACAACCUCCAAACGACCCUCCCGCGCUUCACAUCGACGAACCUCCCCUCGGGGACCUUCUCGUCCCCUCUCUUGGCCGUCUCCCCGGACGGCCAGAUCCUCGCCAUCUACGAGCCCGACCACGCGUGCUGCGUCGUCGAGGGCGGCGCUUUAUAUAUCUGCUCGAUUGGGGAAUGCGAGAGCGUUUAUCGGCCUGGGUUGGGUCCUCGGUCUCAGUCUCAAUCUAAAUCCGAAUCUGGAUCUGGAUCUGGAUUUGAACUGGAACGGGGGGAGCUCGGACAAGGACAAGGACAAGGACAAGCGGAGAGAAGGAAUACCGCUAUCGAUGACAGCGAUGUGAAUGCUCUCGCCAACGGGGAAAAGGGAAAAUACCCACCCCGCGAGAUCAUCCCGUCGUGGCCGUUCCUGUUGGAUCGGGUGAGUGUGGAUGUGGAGAGUAUUGCGGUGACGAGGGAGCGAGGCGGGCAGAGGUAUGUGGUCACGGCGGUGGCGGGGGAUGAAGUGAUGGAGUGGGUUUUUUGA